UGCAGGUAGACUUUUAACACAAUCAUUUACAACACACGCAUAUUCAAUGCAAUUAUAAUUCCAUUCAAAGCAACAGAUUGUUCAUUAAAUAAUACGCUAUGUAAAAAAAUAAAAUAAAUUCACUUAAUAACCCUGUGUCUGAAUGUUGUUUGUUUGUUCCAAACAUGAACAAAGUCUUCAAUGAGAAUUCCCAGUCAAUUAGCUAAGGAAUAAUUAGACCAUAUAAUUCACAUAACAUGCAUUUAUGCAAGUUUCAUUCAGUUGUUCACUAUGUACUGGCCUCGUCACAUAAUGAUAUACAGUCACAUUUACCGUAAAACUUAAGCCCCUAAAAUAGAGCUUGAUGAACAAAUUAAAAAGAAAUAUUUGUCCAGUUCCAGUGAACGGACAUGAACGCUGAUUUGCACACUGUGUAGUGAGUGAGGAAGAUUCCUAAACACUUGCAGAAACUACAGUACACAGCAAACGAGUUUGUGAAUAAGCAGCAAAAGAAGCAGAGUCACGUCUGCAAAUGGGACACAGAACCAGGAAGAAUCAGAGAAACCGAAACUUAAGUGCUGUUGUCCUGUUGCAACUUUAUAUCAGCCUCACAUGCAGGAAAAUGGCAGAAGCCCGUAUUUCAGUGGAGCAGUUCUUGUGUCCGGUGUGUCUGGAUCUCCUGAAGGAUCCAGUGACCAUCCAGUGUGGACACAGUUACUGUAAGAGCUGUAUUACAGACUGCUGGGAUCAGGAGGAUGAGAAGAGAGUCUACAGCUGCCCUCAGUGCAGACAGACCUUCAGUCCAAGACCUGCUUUAGCUAGAAACACCAUGCUGGCUGAAGUGGUGGAGAAACUGAAGAAGACUAAUCUUCAAAGUGUGGUUCCUGCUGGAGCUGGAGAUGUUCAGUGUGACGUCUGUACUGGAAGAAAACACAAAGCUGUCAAGUCCUGUCUGGUGUGUCUGAACUCUUACUGUCAGAAUCACCUCGAACAACAUGAGAGUUUGUUUAAAGGAAAGAGACACAAUCUGACUGAAGCCACUGGACGACUGCAGGAGAUGAUCUGCCAGAAACAUGAGAAGCUCCUCGAGGUUUUCUGUCGCACUGAUCAGAAAUGUAUUUGCUUGCUGUGUUUGGUGGAUGAACACAGAAACCAUGACACUGUAUCAGCUGCAGCACAGAGGACAGAGAAAGAGAAGCAGCUGAAGGAGAUGCAGAAGACGUUCCAGCAGAGAAUCCAGCAGAGAGAGAAAGAUCUCCAGCAGCUGAGAGAGGCUGUGGAGUCUCAGAAGCGCUCUGCACAGACAGCAGUGGAGGACAGCGAGAGGAUCUUUACUGAGCUCAUCCGCUCCAUUGAGAGAAGCCGCUCUGAGCUGAUACGGCUGAUCAGAGAUCAGGAAAAGCAAGCAGUGAGUCGAGCUGAAGGACGACUGGAGCGACUGGAGCAGGAGAUCAAUGAUCUGAGGAGGAGAGACGCUGAGCUGGAGCAGCUUUCACACACACAGGAUCACAUCCAGUUCCUGCAGAGUUUCCAGUCUCUCUCAGCUCCUCCUGAAUCUACAGACGUAAAUGAUGAUCUCUUCAGUUCUCUUGUCUCUUCUGAUGAUUUGAGAGCAUCUGUUCAUCAGCUGACAGACAAACUGGAGGAUUUCUGCAAAGAGGAGCUCAGGAAGAGCUCAGACAGAGUCACAUUCACCAACAUUGUUCCCAGGACCAGGAACCACUUCCUACAAUAUUCCCAUCAGCUCACUCUGGAUCUGAACACAGUGAAUGAAUGCCUCCGUCUGUCUGAGAGAAACAGAGUGAUUACUGGCACUUUCACAGAUCUGCCGUAUCCUCAUCAUCCAGACAGAUUUGAUGUGUAUCCUCAGGUGUUGUGUAGAGAGAGUGUGUGUGGACGCUGUUACUGGGAGCUGGAGUGGAGGGCUGGUGAAAAUGGUUUUGUGUAUGUAUCAGUGUCAUAUAAGAGCAUCAGCAGGAAGGGACUGGGUGAUGAGUGUGUGUUUGGAUCUAAUGAUCAGUCCUGGAGCUUGCGCUGCUCUUCCUCCAGAUACUCAUUCAGACACAAUAACAUAGUGACUGAUCUCUCUGUGAAGCCCAUCAUCAGGAGAAUAGGAGUGUUUGUGGAUCACGGAGCAGGAACUCUGUCCUUCUACAGCGUCUCUGACACAAUGAGCCUCAUCCACACAGUCCAGACCACAUUCACUCAGACGCUCUAUCCUGGGUUUUGGGUUUAUUGUAAAUCAUCAGUGAAACUGUGUUGAUGAAUCAGAAUAGACUGAUGAGAGAUUCUACCCAUAAUGCUUUGAGCUGCAUGAUAAAUCAGUAACAGUGAGAUGUUAUAGAGUCUCUUCUUUUCUCUUUAUGACAUUAAUACUGCAGCUGAACUUCUGUCAGUGAAAUAACAUGAAUCAGAAUAAAUGUGUUAAUAAAUCCUCAAAUAGACAGUAAGAUCAGUGUGUGUGUGUGUGUGUGUGUGUGUGUGUGUGAGUCCUGCUGAGUGACCAUGUGUUUCUGUGCUUUUCUCAACCUACACUUGUGUUAAUUAAAAUCAGUCAUUUAGUCAUUUUAAUGAUUUUUUUUUAAAUGUUAUUUCUGUUCUCUAAUAUAAAUAAAUCUUCUACCCGCUUGACAAACAAAGGUGAUGGGUUUUAUUCCUCCUCUGUGCAAAUCUCCAGAAGACAAAUCAAGCACCUCAUUAUAGUUUCUUCUCUCACACUAAAAUCAGUUGACAUAAAAAUCAGAUGUCACAAAAUGAAUCAUAUUAUUUACCUUUGUAACUAUAAAAUCAGACUACUGCUUUAAAAAAUGAGAUUCAAGACAGGAGUCAGCUGGUUAUCUAAUUCCAAUAUGAUACAAAGGUGAACAAAAAUGGCAGUAAAGUCAAACACUAAAAAGUGACAAGUUCUUCAGAAAUGAGGGCAUGUCACACAAUCUAUCCAUAUUACCAUCUGCCUAAUUUCUACUUAGUGUCAGACAAGUUUGCACCAAAAUACCAUAUUAAUGUCAUGAAAGAAUAAAAGAUGAGAGACUAUUAUCAAUGUAAUA